ACCAGUUAUUCUCGUCAGUUUCAUUCACCAUGGCGAUGCUCAGCGUAACAGUGCUCACCGUCUUGUGGCUUGGGCAGUCAGCCAGGGUGGUUUGGACUCAAGGCCCUCUUCCAGCCCCCUCGCUCUCUUUCUACCGUCCCCGUUUUGGCCUCAACAUCCAACUUUUCUCAGAUGUGGAGCUGAUCUGCACACUUCCGACAAACGUCAGAUUGCCAAUAACUGUCUCUUUUAGCUGGGACAACCAAUCCCUCUCUGCAAUACAUUCCCUCACUAUACAAAACAGAGUUGAUGUCAGGUUCACCACGAAAGCCAUUGCAGCCAAUGAGGGGAUCUACGUAUGCUGGUACAAUGCCAGCAAUACUGGAGACGUGUCGGCAAAAAGCAAUCCAGCCAAUCUUACCAUCUCCUCUCUUCCAGGGCCAAUUUUGGUGAUUCCCGCCUUCAUACCCAUCGGAGGAAACUACACCAUCAUCUGCCAAACUACCACCCGCUUCCCCAACAGAACCCUGGCCCUUUACUACAGACAGCUGCCUGUUACUGUGGGAAACGAGAUCUUUAAGUUUCAGGGGUCAGCGGCCCUUCUUGACAGCCACGAUUCCAUCACACUGACCAGGUGGCUAGUGGACAGCACAGAAAACUUUGAGUUUGUCUGCAGACUAGAGAUUGUGGACUUCAACCAGCAUAUUUACCUCUCUCCUCCCUCCAGUUCACUCCCAGCUAUUGCAGAGGAGGCGCCUAUCCGUCUUGUGCCCCAGUUUCAGGGCUCCAUGUGCCUGGGACAACUGGAGGUGCAGGUCAGAGGCAGCUGGGGCCCUGUAUGCCAACAGAUAGAAAGCUGGAACCGGGCAAUGGGUAUCGUGGUUUGUCGAGAGCUGGGCUGUGGGACACUAUCUUCCGUCUCGACGAAGCAAGACUACAACCAUAAGGUUGACUACUCCAUCGGUUCCAUAUUGUGCAGAGGAAUUGAGGGACGACUCAGAGAGUGUCAGAUUGAUGCGGUGCAGCCCCUUUGUAACUCAAGGAAGGGGGUGAAAAUGGUUUGCUCAGAUGCUCUGCCAACUACUAAGAUCUCAGUCACAGGCUACAGAGAGGUGUCGAGAGUCGACAUCAGUGAUGAGCACUCGUUGGAAUUGUCCUGCAUGUUCAAUGCCCCUUGGUUUGGUACGGAAAAGCUUUUCAUGGACUUGACGAGGGUCUCCAUAGAUUCGUACAUUAACACAAUCGACAACGUGCAAAUCGCCUCAGGAGAGGAGAUGAGGACCAUGCUUCAUGCGCCUAUCUUAUCAGGAGAGUAUGCCUGUAGAAUUAGAGGGUCUGAACAGACUGUGUCCUCAGUGAAGAUCUUCGUGAGCAAGUGGUACAAACCAAAUGUUGGACUCAUCAUCACGGCUCUCCUCACAACCGUAUCUGGAGCAGCCAUAUUAGUGUAUAUGUGUGUAUAUCGUGUCCAGAAGGGGGAGACAGCAAAUGCUGUCACUUCUCAAGGGGUGUCCACAGCUGACCCAGAGGCCUCAGCAGGAAUGGAGAGAGUGUCUAGAAACAUGCAGGAAGCCCCGCCCGAAAAUCUCCAUAUAAUCCCUAUGCAGUAAACUUUUUGUGUAUUUACAAUUAAAUAAAAACAUAUGGGCCUGUCUGAAACGUCACCCUAAACCUUAUAUAUAAGGUAGUGUCCUACUUUCUAUCAGUCAUGUGGCUCUGAUGAAGAAGUUGUGCACAGUAAAGGGACCCACUGGGCACACACUGGUUGAAUCAAUGUUGUUUCCAUGUCAUUUCAGUGAAAUUAUGUUGAACCAACGUGGAAUAAACGCUUAAUUUAUGUCUGUGUCCAGUGGGGAGUAGGGUGACAUUUGUAAUUUGCCCUAUAGGUGUUUCCUCACGAAACUAAAACAAAAAAAUACCAUGAUUUUGGGGAUUUUCACAAAAAUUACUCCACGAACGUAUUAAUGUCCCAAAGUGGGUUCUCUACUAGUCGUAACGUUAUGGCCCAUUUUAUACAGAGAAAUUGGCUUGGUAGGCAAUGUAACCAAUCACAGCCCUCCUUGGACAUCCUGCAAAGCACCAAAUUGGAUCAUAACUUUAAAAGUAGCAGAGAUCCCACUCUUGAAUGUUGAUAUGUCUGUAGAGCAUAUUAUGUUCAACAAUAAAUAGAAUACUUAGCUCAAUCAAAAAAUUUGAUAUUUUCAAUAUGCACGUUUACAUUUUUCAAUAUUUAUACAUUUAUGUUAGAAAUGUGUUAUUGAAAUCAAAAUACUACUCAUAUUACAGAGCAAGGGGAGAAGCUUCACGCCAACAAUUGCUUUAUAGCACCUACAGAUGAAACAUGGAGUCUUAAAGGAGGCCUGGGUUAGGCCAAAAUGUCAUAGAAUAUUCUAACUUCAAUGAAUUAUUUCCCAAUUAUCUUUUGUGUCAAAUAUAUGUCAACAAUCUUUCCAGGUCCUUCUAUGGAUUAAAUGUUGUGAAAAUAAUGUUCUAGUAACAUGAGGAACCACUACUACAGUAUGUCUGUGAUUAUGCUUCUGUAAUGCAAUCUAAUAAGACUGUCUUGAGGAGGAUAGGAAGUCUUAAAUAGUUCAAUCAAACUCAAUUGUUGUAUAGGAAAUGAACGUGAGAUAAAACAGUGGGUCUGAACUUUGGAUGUUGCCUUUAAUUAUAUGUUUGAUGUGUCCCUUCAUAAGACAAUGACCGGUAACUAACUGGGGUUUUGAGUGCUUGUUGUAUUCGGCAAAUGAUCAGUACUUUAUUCAUACGAAUAAUCAGUUAUCAGUUUAAUGUGGUUGAAUACUCUGAAAUUCCAAAGUGCUCAACAUUGUAGUUUCAUUUGAUCAAAGGAUGUGCUAGAUGGUGCCAGAGAUGUAUGUGAAGCACACACAAUUCAGAAAAAAGACAACAACAAAAAUAAAUGUAAGAGACAGCAGGCAGUGAUUAUAGAUCUCAGAUUCAUUUAAUUUGUUAUAUUUUUUUGUUAAAAAGUCAAUUGAAACAAAUUAUGUAGGUUGUUGAGAAAACUUUGACAAAUAAAUCUGGUCGCAACAUC